GACAGCCACCAUACACGCCCCUUCAAAUUCCAUCACUAUAAUUGCCACACAACACACUUAGCAUAAAGACAUUUUAGCCUACAAACUCUUCCCUCACAUAUAUCCUUAUCCUUUUUCUUCAUUUUUCCCCCCUCAUCAAACAAAGUAGAAGAAGAAUUUUUGUUUGCAAAAAUAAACACCCCAUAUUAGAUCUUAGUACUAAAUUUAGUACUACUCUUUUUUAAACAUUUUUAGUCAUGGACAAUAUGAGAGUCCUAGAAGAAUUCAAGCAGAGCAAUCAAGAAAACCAAAAAUCAAAGCAGAUACAACACCAAGAACCACUACUUCAACCACCGUCGUACGGUGGCGUUGCGGCGGCGUCACCACCGUCAUCUUCAUCAUCUCCAUCACAUGAAUUUUCCUUCACAAUUUCACUUCAUCCAACAAAUUCCACAAAUACCCCUGAUAUUAAAAUGAAACAAAAUCCAAAUCCGAACCCGAACCCAAACACAAACCAAAACCCUUUUGCUAUUGAUUUAACACCAGCUGAUGAAAUAUUUUUCCAUGGUCAUUUACUUCCACUUCACCUUAUUUCUCAUCUCCCAGUUUCACCUCGUUCUUCAACAAACUCCAUUGAUAGUUCACUUCCCAUUAAAGACUUAAAAAAAAUCCAAAAUUCCAUUAAUCAUGAUGAUGAUAACUCUUAUUAUGAUCUAAAUCGUAGCUUUCACUACCAUGAUCAUCAUCAAACAAAUUCUUUAAACAUACCAAAGGAUCAACAAAAACAAAAGUCCAAGUCUUUUUCCUUGUUUGGAUUACCCAAAAGAAAAAAAGAAGAAAAAGAAGAGAAGGAAAAACAAAGGAAGUUGAACGUGAGUCAAGUUAUAAAGAGGUAUAUGAAAAUGGUGAGGCCAUUUUUGUCAUUUAGAAGUAGAAAAAAUAUGCAGUUUCAUAGACAAAGUUAUUCUUAUUCUGGGAAUUUGAGUUUUAGAGGGAAGAAUAAUAAUAGUAGUAGUAAUAGUAAUAAGGGAAUAAAAAGAGGUGCAUAUUCAGCUCCAGUUUCUAUGAAGAAUUCUCCUACAAAUAGUGGGCUACUUGUAGCAGCACCAGGUGCUAAUUAUCAUAAUUCAUCUUCAAGUGAUAGUACAAUGGAAGAAUUACAAGCUGCUAUUCAAGCUGCAAUUGCUCAUUGCAAGAAAUCUAGUUCUAUGGAAGAGAAGAAAAUCAAAUGCCAAGAAAAUGAAGAUAUGAUCAUCCUGAAGUGAAAAGAAAAAAAGAAAGAAUCUUGAUCAUUUUUAUCCUCUUUGGUACUCCUUAUUUCUCGUAUACUAGGUUCUCUUUUUUAAUCUCUUGUGUAUCAUAAUCAUAAAGGAUAUUUGUAAGUAUUUUUUACUACAUGAGUUUUAAAAUAUGGAUUAUUCAUGGUGAUGGAUUGGCAGGGCAACCA